AGAGGGACUGAAGCCAACUGAGAAUAUGUGUGGGGGGAAAUAAUGUAUGAGUCUAGGCUGACCUGCAAGUGUUUUUCUCUAAAGCAAUUGUUCUUGGUUGUCAGGUUGUGUUGGUUGGCUGGAGCCUGGGCAGAUGAUCUCCUGGGAGGAGAACUGCUGGGAACUGCCCAACACAACUGUGGGACAGGUCUGAAAUAAGGAAGGUUGUACUGAGCUAUGUCAAAAAAUGUCUUUUCUGGAGAAGGCAUGUUACUGGCAUCACUCCUGUAACCUCCCACACCCCCCUUUUCUUACUCUUCCUCCAGUCAUCCCCUGUGUGGUAUCUCAGUGGAGCGCCUGGAGUGGCUGUGCAGAGCCUUGCAAGACAACGUAUCGUGUCCGGACGAGGCACAUUGUCCAGGAGCCCAGGAAUGGGGCAGAGGCAUGUCCUGCUCUGGAGGAGAGGGCUGGCUGUGUGGAGUACUGGACUCAGCAAGGAACAGAGUGCAAACAGUCCCUGAUCCCUGCAUUAAUAACUACGGGAGGGUUUGGAAAAGCGAGGAAGAAAAGAGCUGCAGCUGAUGGCAAGGAAAGAGCAGGGUACUGUGUUGAGUUCCAGCUGGUGGCCAUCACGCCGGGCUGCCUGCACAGCCACCACUCGUACACCCGCUGGAUGCGCUACCUCAGGGAGGGCCACACGGUCUGUGUGGAGUGUCAGCACCCGGCCCUGGACUCCAGGAGUCAGCAUUGCUCCGGGGAUGGCACUGGGAGCACAAAGAAUCAGCUGUUGCAGUGGCAGGCGGUGGGGAACCCUCGAUGCAAGGGAACCUGGAGGAGAAUUCGCCAGCUGGACACUUGCUCCUGCCCUUCUGUUCACAGCUUCUUGUUCAUCUGACUUCCCCAGGCAGCCCCAGUGCACCAGGGCUGUGGUGCCUCCUCUGGCAGCAGCGGGAGCCCCAGGCAAAGCAGCGACUGCUCAGUGUCAGAGGGGGCACCCGGAGUCCUCUGUCUGUCUGUGCUCCUCGAUUUCCAAAGAAAUCAGGCUGGCUGGGAAGUGCCAGUCUCUUUCUUCCCUGAGAGAGACAUGUCUGACCCUGAUGACUUCUUGCAAAUCCCUCCUUUCUUGAGAGGAUAGAGAAUUUACCAAGUAACAAAUACGACAAUAAAGGCCGUAAGAACCCA